UGUGUGUUUACCAUUUGGCUCCUGCCAAUUCCAUGCUGGGCCUCACGCAAAAGUUGAUUUCACAAUGAUUGUAUUGGUGUGUAGCAACGCGUUCAGUUCGGUUCAGUUCGGUUCAGUUUGGCUUUUGGUUCGCCGGUUGAUUUUCAUCACCAUGCGUAUAUUCACCUUGAUCUUGGGUCUACUAAGUGGCUUGGAAUACUCAAGUGGCUACAACUAUCUGAUGGUUCUAAAUUCUGCCGGUCGUUCCCACUUUAAUGUGGGUCAUGCCUUGGCCAAGGGAUUGGUCAAGGCUGGACAUACCAUCACCGUGGUAUCCGUCUAUCCUGUGAAGAAACCCAUUUCUGGCUAUACUGAUAUAAAUGUGCCAAAUGUGAUCAAUGUCAUGGGGGGAGACAUUGCGGCCUUGUGGGCAUCGAUCCAAAAGCCAGUGACUCAGAAACUUAUUGAUCACUAUCAGAUGGGUUUCCGCAUCACAAGAGGACUCUUCGAGGACUCCAAUUUCCAGGAAUUUCUGAAGAGCAACCAAAGCUUCGAUGCGAUUAUAUGUGAGACUUUUUAUAAUGAUGCCCACUAUGGUUUGGCAGAGCAUUUUAAUGCCCCACUCAUUGGAUUGAGCACUGGUGGAGGUCUGACAUUUAUCACAGAUAUGGUUGGUUCUCCCGCUCCUGCUUCGUUUGUGCCCCACAUAAUGCUACCCUUCAACGAUCACAUGUCGCUGUACGAACGGCUUUUGAACGUGGCUUUUCUUGGCUAUGAAAGGCUGCUACUGGACUAUUAUUACUUACCGAAUCAGGAGAAGUUAUACAAGGAGUUCUUUCCGGGAAACAAAAGGUGUUUCUAUGAGAUGCGCCGAAACGCCUCCUUGGUGCUCAUCAAUCAACAUGUUUCACUAAGUUUUCCACGACCGUACUCACCCAACAUGAUUGAAGUGGGUGGCAUGCACAUCGACGGAAAGUUGAGUCCACUGCCCGAGAAGAUCGAGAGAUUCAUUAAUGAGUCUGAACAUGCAGCAAUCUACUUUUCCAUGGGUUCGAAUCUCAAGAGCAAGGACUUACCUCCAGAAAAGGUGCAAGAGAUCCUGAGUGCAUUACGUGGACUAAAACAACGAGUUCUGUGGAAAUUUGAGCUGGAUAAACUGCCCAACAAGCCGGAUAAUGUGUACAUCUCCGACUGGUUUCCACAGACGGACAUAUUGGCACAUCCCAAGGUGCUAGCAUUUGUGACCCACGGAGGCAUGCUGAGCACCACCGAGUCCAUUUAUCAUGGCAAACCCGUGAUCGGAUUGCCGAUCUUCAGUGAUCAGUUCUUUAACAUGGCUCAUGCCGAGCAAACCGGCUAUGGCAUCAUGCUGGACUUCAAGACGCUGAAUGCCGUCGAUUUCCGCAAAGCCAUCGAGAGAAUUACCAGUGACCCCUCCUACACGAAAGUGGUGCAGGGCAUGUCCUUCCGAUAUCGGGAUCAACAGCACACGCCACUGGAAAAUGCGGUAUACUGGGUGGAACACGUGACCCGCCAUCAAGGAGCUGCCUAUUUGCAGAGUGCGUCCCAAAGACUGAACUGGUGGCAGUAUCACAAUGUGGAUGUGCUUCUGAUCAUUUUCGGGGCAGCAUUCCUGUUGUGUAAGAGCGUGUGCAAUGACAUUGAAAAGACACGUUGAACGAGAGGCAAAAGGAA